GAUUCCGCUGUUCGGAAAAACCACAACUGUUUCGUCAUUCCGGAAUGUUUCCCGUUCGCAAUCAACGAUGAACCUCAUUUUCGUCACCUUUUGGCGCACUAGUCUUCCACGGGGGUUGCCGAAGAGGCUGAGCACAACACCGGCAACCAGUUUCCGUUCAUACUGUGAUCAUAGGACACCGGUAGAGACCACACCUUCGGACGCGAAAAGGCCAAACGAUGGAGAGGUUGUGCGGGUACGAUUCGCCCCUAGUCCAACAGGUUUCAUGCACCUCGGAGGACUGCGAACGGCGCUGUACAACUAUCUGUAUGCCAAGGCACACGGUGGACAGUUUGUGCUGCGUAUUGAAGACACGGAUCAAGAGCGGUUUGUCGAGGGAGCAUCGGAAAAACUGUACGCCGACCUCAAGUGGGCCGGUAUCGAACCAGACGAAGAUCCAUUCAAGGGUGGCCCUCAUGGACCGUACACCCAGAGCCAGCGGUACGAGAUCUAUAAGCGUGAGGUGAAGAAACUAAUGGAAGAUGGUCGGGCCUAUUACUGUUUCUGCACCGAGCGCCGGCUGGAGUUGUUGCGCAAGGAAGCGCUUCGUUUGCGGCAGGUUCCAAAGUAUGACAAUAAGUGUCGUCAUCUUACGCCGGGUCAGGUGGCGGAACGAUUGGCCAAGAAUGACAAAUUCUGCAUACGCUUCAAACUUCACUCUAAAGGCGAUGAGUUCCAAGAUGCUAUCUUUGGAAAAAUCGUUUACUUUAUUGCACAGCAGGAGGGCGACCCGAUUUUAAUUAAAUCUGACGGUUUUCCGACGUAUCACUUUGCAAACGUGGUCGACGAUCACUACAUGCGCAUCACGCAUGUGCUACGCGGUGUGGAGUGGCAAAUUUCCACUCCAAAACAUAUUCAGCUGUUUCACGCGUUCGGCUGGCGACCGCCACAGUACGCUCAUCUGCCACUGAUCAUGAAUCCGAACGGGACGAAGCUCAGCAAACGACAGGGUGAUGUGCAGUUGGAGCACUACCGUAACAAUGGCACCUUUCCGCAGGCGCUGCUUAACUACGUCACGCAGAGUGGUGGAGGAUUUGGGCGCGAGUUGCUGGAAAUUACAGCACCACAACUACCGGACCUAGUUCGGUUGUUUGACCUGAAGAAGAUUAACACAAACUCUAGUCGCCUAAACCCGGAACUUUUGAAGCAUUUCAAUCGCGCCGAAAUACGACAUAAGCUUGAAAACGAUAGUGUGGCUGCCGAAGGAAUCGUACGCGAAGUUACCGAGAUGGUACGGAAAGAGUUCCCCAAAGAGAGCAAACAGCUGCAACUGGAACCAGAGCAUGUGCGAGAAGUACUGAGCUGGUCUCUGCCGCGGAUCGACUCCUUGCACGAUCUCGUCCGGGGUAAACUAUCCUUCCUCUGGGUACUACCGAAGCCAACGAAGGAAAAGAUUGUCGAUACUGACAUCUUGACACUGCUGGCGAAAAACCUCUCCACUGAGACGGAUGUACCGGAGUUUAGUAAGGCGGAACUGAGCCGUUUCAUCAAAACAUUUGCCGAGCGGAACCAUCUUGCAUUUGAGAAGCUGAUGAAGGCACUGCGCGCGGGAUUGAGUGGACUGCAGGAAGGUCCCUCGGUACCGGAAAUGAUGGAAAUUCUGGGACGUGAAAAGACAGUGCAACGAAUCGUGUUGGCAACGGGAAGGCAAAAGUAA